AACGUAACGAGUUCCGUUCAACAUGGCGGCCCAGCGUAGGAAUUUGAUGCAGAGCCAGCAUCAAAGCUGGACAGAUGACCUGCCUCUGUGUCAGAUGUGUGGGGUCGGAACAGCACCCAACUGUGUGUACGGCCCUGAUGGCAAAGGAACUCAGAGCCACCCCAACGAGGAUGGACACCUCAGGUUCAGAGGUGAUGAUGGCUGUUUCCUGUACGGGGUUUUUAAUGGUUACGAUGGCAGCAGAGUGGCCAACUUUGCUUCUCAGUGUCUGACAGCAGAACUGCUCCUGGGGCAGCUAAACUCCGGUCACACAGACAACGACGUCCGCAGGAUCCUCACACAGGCCUUUGAUGUGGUGGAGAAGAGCUACUUUGAAACCAUAGAUGAUGCUCUGGCUGAGAAGGCUAACCUGAGCAAUUACCUCCUACCGCACAAUGAGAAUGUUCCGUUCCACCAGCUUUCUCCUCAGAGUCAAAAGGUGAUGGAGCGGCUGAAGGAGCUAGAGCAGGAGGUGUCAGGAGGCGCCACGGUUGCGGUGGCACUCAUUCUCAAUAACAAGCUCUACAUUGCAAACGUUGGGACGAACCGAGUCCUGCUGUGCAAGUCCAGCAGUGACGGCCAGAACCAGGUGCUUCAGAUCGGCCGACCGCACAGUACUGACAACGAGGAUGAGCUGCAGAGACUGGCUGCACUGGGACUGGAUUCAUCUCGGAUAAGACAAGCGGGCCAGAUAGCGGGACAGAGCAGCAGCAGAAGGCUUGGAGACUACCGAGUCAAAUUUAACUACAACGAGAUUGACCUGCUCAGCGCGGCCAAGUCAAAGCCAGUUGUUGCGGAGCCAGAGAUUCACGGCGGCCAGUCUUUGGAAGGCGUCACAGGCUUCUUGUUGCUGAUGUCAGAGGGACUGAUAAAUGCCCUCGAGUCCGCCCAUGGUCCCGAACAGGCUAAUCAGGAAAUUGUUGCCAUGGUAGCAGCAGAGCUAGCCCAGCAGACCAGUCUGGAGGCGGUGGCUCAGUCUGUGGUCGAUCGGGUCAAGCGGCUUCACCACGAUGUGUUCGUGUCUGGCCGUCAGAGGGCGACUUACUGCUCUCGACACGAAGACAUGACCCUGCUCAUCCGCACGCUCAACUACCCACUGGCUGAUGCAGCGCUCACGCCCACACAGGGUAGGAUCUGGCAUUUAGGCAUCCCCUCUUCUUGGUGCUUCUCAUCCUCUUCCUCCUCUAUUCCAACCCUCAUACCUGUGUCUUCCUCUUCCCUCAUCCUCUCCAACCACCCACCUUUCUCCUCCUCCUUCUGCCCCUCCACGCUCCCCAGCAGUCAGAGCCCCACAGCCACUCUGCAGUCCACCAACACCCAGACGCAGAGCUCCAGCUCCAGCUCAGGAGAUGGAAGCCUGUUCCGCCAGAGAGGGAGUCAAGCGGCGCAGCCUGACGAGACGGGCAGGGUCCCACCCUACGUGGACUUCAGUCAGUUUUACCGACUGUGGGGGAGCGACCAUGGCGAUGGCCAGAGCAUGCAGGGAGGCCUGGGACCGCAGUGAGACCCACUGGAGUUUCCAGCAAAGCUGACACAUGGAUUUUUAAAGGGACAAAGAUUUAGGGACGUGAUGGGACGUCUUAUAAUAUGCUGUUAAUGUAAUGUUACUACAUAUAAGUGACCUAAAGGUGCUGGGGAUGAACUUCUCAACAGAAGUUGAAGACAAUGAAAUGCUGGGAAAACGUUGUCACUUCACUCCAAAUUGAUGUUUGGUCAUUUGUAAAAGACAAAGGUGAGUGAGUGAAUCCAUGUAAUCCAGAUUGACAAAAUUAUUUUCAGAUGUAAAGGCAAAAGGGGAAUCUCAUGGACCGGGGAGCUUGUGGAGCUGUGAGUUAUUAUAUACUGUAAGGCCUUAAAACUGAAUAAAUGAAUGCUUUAUAAAGUACUGUUUAAGUUGUAAUGACAGUAUAUCUCCAGAUUAAUUCCCAUCAGCUUUCAUUUUCCCAAAGAGUUCUUCAAUAAUUCGUUGCUUUGACGUCCUGACCUUCGUUAAAGACCUCAACGGUCUGCUUAUAUGGUUGUUAUGGCAGCAACUAAUGUAACUAGCGGUCACACUGCAUCAUUGUGUUGUCAUUUCCACACAGCCCAGAGGUUUAUUCAGGGAUUGACAGUUUAGAAUAUAAACACAACAUGUACAGCAGGGCUUAUUAGGGAUUUCGUUAUGAUAUUACAACCAGCUACCAGCUGGGACUGAAGCUGGUAAUAACUUGCUUUAAAGUGGACCUAUGAUGCUUUUUACCUACCACGAGUACUUAAAGUUGUGACGCUGUGUAAGAUGUAAAUAAAGAUGAAUGAAUUUGGAAA